AAGGCAGUAAUUACUUCCAAGAGAUUCUCGCGAAACACACAUUUUGAGAAAGUUUCAUCAUUCAAGUCUGGGAAUAUUUCUCGGGAUUUCUCGCUCUCGCUUUCCCCGAGUGCCAAUCUCUGUUUAGCCCUUUCCGGAUGUCCCAAGGAUGUCUUGGCCAUUGGUCUGCAGGUUAAAUCCCGAAUAUCCGACCCAAAGUUGCUAUUGUGGCUUGUACGAAUGGAUUCACUUUGCUCGAAACAGGCUUGGUCUCGAAUACCUGAAUAAAUUUUAUCAGGCUGGCUUUUACGUCGUUAGAACCAGGAGUGACAGUCAUGGGAGAGGCGACGAGAAUAUCGGAAUAUUGUGAUGCUAGCUUGGAUGGUUGAACGGCGGAUCGGCCUGAGGUAUGAGCUAGGCCCAAGGUAUCUAUCCUGCCAACUCUUGGGUCUUUAUCAGCAAGUCAGUUGCCUGCUCAACCUCGAGGAGUUUGGUUCUGUCCACUGAAGAGAACCGAAGCCCGUUUAGUAUUCAAUCAACCAGAUCAAGUUCAUAAACAAUUUCAUUGUUAUCAACCAUGGUCAAGUGUUUCCUCAUCUUGACAUGUCUGUGUGUGUGUGCGUGCGUUAGUCAGGCUUUUCCUCAACCAGACGACACGGCCAAUGUGAUCGAGGUCGAAGAUCCCGAGGCCAAGCGACACAUCUUUGAAGCCUUCAAAACCAAUGAGGGUCAGCGGUCCAUCUUGUACGACAGUUUCCUGCCCGCCCCGCCCCGCUCGGAUCGGAUUGGAGGUGACUUUGAGAUCGUGGUCGAGUCGGUGGAACUCGUGCUGACCAAGCCCCAGAAUCCGGAUCAGAAGCUCAAGGAAAAGGCCGAGGCCCGGCGAGCGAACGCCUGAGAACGCGUGUGCCCAGGGGUGGUACACACUGCAUUGUGUGAUAUUUUUAUUGAACAAAGUUUAUGUAAUACUCCA